AUGUCAUUGAGCAGCCAUCUGAUUUCUUCAUUCCCUGUUCACAUUCGUGUCCAAUCAAGCUCCCUGCUUCCUUUUCUCUAUCAGACUCGAACACUCCUCUCGGAGCCCAAGUCAGCAAGACCAUUUCACGCAGUCCACAACAAUGAUAGACGCAGGCGCACCUUUUGUUUCACAUCUCGGGGGCAGGCCUAUGCUGACAAAAUCCGGCGCCCCAAUACCGACCCGAUUGUCUUUGUUGAUCCCCAUCACAGCCAAAUCCCCGAUACUCUCUCACAUACCGAGCCUCAAAAGCCAGAUCAAUUUUCGCGGCCUUCAACCGUGACAGCAACCGAACAAGCAGUCUUCAAUAAACUUAUGAAGGACGCCUCACAGCCCGCGACCCCGGAGCCAGAUGAAGAAGACAUUCUAGACCAAGACGAGCUAACCAGGGGAUACGACCCUAACGUGGAUCUGAAUAGCAUCUUCGAAAAUGCAAUCAGGCAGCUGCGAAUGCAAGAAGAACAGGCUGCGAACAGUGCCGCCAAAAGUCUUCUUCUCGCCGGUAUGCCGAGACAGCGAGCAAUCGACAUCCUGGUUCGUGACCAAGAUCAAGCGCUCAGUGGGAGAGAUUGGAAACGCCUGAAAUUAGCCAAUGGCACUACGCUGGGGAACGAGGUCGAAACUGAAGAGGAGCGGGCGAAGCUUGAAGUAGCCUGUGACGAUCACAGAACCCUGGUGAUGGGUAUGCUUGACAGCGCAAAUAGUGAUGUGGAGAUUUGGCAAGUCCUUGAAAAGGAGGUCUUCAGUCUAAUCACGCAUCUGGAUGAGCACACCAAAUUCGUGGAGAAGGCGAAGAAAGUGAAGGCCUUGCACGCAGCGAAGGUCCGCAAAGCAGAAGCAGAGGGGAAAGCCAUUACAGACGUCAAGCUUACGAAGAGAGACCUCACCGAAACAGAGACUUCAGGCACCAAGUUAACCCAAACAAAAGCAAUUCCGAUCGAUAACCUCCUCUCGAUCCUACAUAGGAACUACGCUGAGUACUGCCUUAACGCUCUCCGGCUCAUGCGCAGAAAGCAUCCCACAUCCUUCUACGCGCCACACGUACUCUCUACGAUCAAACGGCGCGGACCCAUCUCAACCGUCCUCGGUGUGUCCACUGACAUUUACAAUGAAAUACUCUAUCAUAAGUGGAUGCAAUACUCUGACUUGCAUGGAAUGGCCGACAUGAUAGAGGAGAUGCUCAAUCAGGGCAUCGAGAGCAACGGGGUGACAACUGCUCUGAUUAAGGGGAUAGCCAAGCAGAGACGGAUGGGACAGCGGGGAUUUUUUGGACCGGUGGUGAAGGAGUGGUGGGCUAUGAGAGCGACUGUGGAGGGGUGGAGGAGGGUGCGCAACCUCUUUGCGAGGAUUCUGAGCGAGAUGGCUGAAAGAGAAGCUGUAAUGGUUGAUGAAGCGGAGAGUGAAGAAUGA